GUGGAGAGUUGUAGGUAGAAGAGAGGAGGUGUUUUACCUCCAGUCUACCUGACUGGAAUUUUCGAGUUUGUGAAGGGUGGCUCUUCAAUGCAUAUGUAAUCUAACAAGGCUAACUGCUAUUGUGUUCAGCUUAACAAGAGAAAAGAGAUAAUCGUGUUUUCGUGAUGGAAGUCUGUGAGCCAAUUUGGAAAUAAUUUUUAAGCAUCUGUAAAGAUGUGCUGAUGAUUGGUGUAGUGAAAGUGUAAUGGAGAUACUGUGACAGUAAUACGAGGAGCUAUGUGACAAGCACCAACACAUUGUUUUACUAAAGAUGAAGUAUUGAGUGGCUAGCUAGAGGAAUUCAACUGUUUUUGCCAUGUCGGUGUAAUAAGACAUGCUCCAGGCAGCUUGAGAAAAUACAUAUUUUUUUGAGUGAUUUAACAGGUAGCUGGUAAACCUUAGGCUAUAUGUUCUCACAUAGAGAUUUUCAUCCUAACAGGAUCUAACAAUAAAAUGUCCCUGAAUGAGAUUGCUCAGGCACAAUGGACCAUGAGAAAUAUGUGACUUAUUAUAGGACGGUGACACACACAGGUAGUUAUAUUGGUGUGAACCAUUCAAAAUUUAAAUCAUAUUGAACUUAAGACUUUGGAAUGCUUUGGAGGAGAGGCCGGAUCACCAUUUAAAUUGUAUAUUGAUUUUUACAAGACUUUAGUAUUCCAGGUAAUUAAUUCUUCAUUAUGUUGAAUAGAGUGUUACAUAGAUGUUUAUAAUUUACCUGUACACACUAAGACAAAUAGGAUUGGAGAGGAUUUUCUACAUUCAUUGAACAGAUAUGUGUGUCCCUGUUUGAAGAAUUGUCACAGAUGAUUUGUUUGCCUAUGGAGAUGAAUGACAUGUUUGAGUGUUGGCUGUGUGGCUGAUUGCAGUGUUGUGUUGGAGGAGCACACAUACACACGGACACACACUCCUCGUAGGUCAAUACCAGUGUGUGAUAACCUACCUGUCUACCAGGUAAUUCCCCCCUGGGAUAGAGGGGUCUUGUUCCCAGGUAAGAGUCCAAUGCUCCGACAGAUUGGAUUGGAAUGUAAUCAAAAUGUAUAAGGACGAGAAUAUUAACACCUAGUGUGGUUUAUUGAUGUUGAUGGAGUACGUAUUGGACAGUCAAUCACUCUAGCUAUUGUGUUUUCUUGGAGGAUUUCAGUGGAUUUUAGUCAGUAAUUUAUUUUUUGUACUUUUCAAUUUAAAACCUUGGCUGUGAAGUAAGAGUACAAUCCUAUAAGCACAGGGAAGCUUACAGCGUGCUGUCUUACAACGGUAUAUUAUACCUGUCGUUAUAAGCUGCUCAGGUGUUAUAUCUCGUUAAUUAUCAGAUUCACACCUAAUUUGAGAACAAAUGAGAUAAGGUUAUGUUUUAACUACGUGAGAUAAUUAUCUAUUAGGUUACCCAGAAUAUGUGCUGGGUGGAGGGAUCUAUACACGGUGUACAAACAUGACAAUGUGAGAGAUUGCUAUCUGUUCUGUUGGUUGUAUAUACCUCUCUGGAAAUCAUCCAUGGAAUUUAGCCUUGGAAUAGCUGGUGGAAUUUUGUCAUAGAGGAAGUGGUUGGAGAAUAUGACGUCCAAUUGGCGAUAGACUUGUGUACAUUCUCUGUGGGAUUUUGUCAUACCUUGCCUUUCCAGAAAUUAAGUAGACAGUCACAAAAUUGACAUUCCAAACAUAUGCCUAUACUACACUACAAUUCAUGAGUGCAUGACUGGGAAGUGUGGUCUUUUUCAUUCAUGAUGACUUCAGUAACACUGCCUUUUAAGAUGGGCGUGUGAUCAGGAUGUUUGUUAUCUUGACAAUAAGACCAUUGUAUAACAGUCUUUUGCACAUGUAACAUAAUGAUUGCAAUCAGCAUAACGUAUACAACAGAAGCGCGACAACAGAUUUAUUCAGAUGUGAUCCCAAGAUGAUUCUGCCAUAGUUAUAAGGAUUACUAAGUAGUGAAACUACGUUGUCUUGAUGAAGGAUAAAAUGCCAAGCAAAGGCAAAAAGAAAGUUGGAUUUGCAGAAGACCUUCCAGAUAGUCCAGAAUCUGGGGGUCGAGAAAGCCGGAGUCGAUCUCGUUCAAGAUUUCGAGUCCGCAGAUCUAAAUCGCAAGAUGUUAAGUCCACAACUCCAAAGGAAAAUAUUCCCCGAAAGAGGGAACACAGCUUGGUGGCCCUGGUACGAACAGGGUCCAGGAAUUCGGUGCGGCACCUUGUGAAGAUGUUUGAGACUAAAACGUACACGGAAUUAUCCUUAGAGUUUCCAUGGGAGAUGAAUGAAGGCAGAAAGAGUCAAAUUGUACUGCCAGACGAGCGGAUAUUGGACAUUCUAAUACAACCAAAAUUGAACACAAAAGACUUGUUAGAUCUGGUAGCAUCACAUUUCAAACUAAAAGAAAAAGAAUAUUUUGGGAUUUAUUUUCUUGAUGAAACAUCUCGAGGGAACCAUAACUGGCUCAACCCUGAUAAACGAGUACUGGAACACGACUUUCCUAAAAAAGUCAACGUAUUAGUUCUAUUUUUUGCAGUGCGGAAUUAUGUUGAAACUAUUGCCAACCUUCGAGAUGCAGCUACUGUAGAAUUAUUUUACCUCAAUGCAAAACAAGCUAUAUUCACGGGCCAGAUUGAGUGCGACAGUGAGACAGUGUUUGAGUUAGCAGCCUAUGUAUUACAGGGGAACUUUGGAGACUAUGUAGAUGAUGCCACCACGCGGGAUGACCUUAGGAAACUGCCUGUGAUACCUACCAGUGCCUUGAAGGAACACCCUUCCAUAUCAUACUGUGAGGAGCGAGUGAUAGACUACUAUAGGAAACUCGCCACCACCUCCAGGGGACUGUCUAUUGUCAAUUAUAUGAGCAUUGUGGAAGCACUGCCGACAUAUGGAAUACACUACUAUGAAGUAAAGGAUAAAAAGGAGAUUCCAUGGUGGUUGGGAGCGAGCCACAAGGGUAUAGCAGUGUAUGACAAGACAGACAAAACCACACCUAGAAAGAUAUUUACGUGGAAACUUUUAGAAAAUCUAUACUACAGAGAUAAGAAAUUUUCGAUUGAAGUCCAUGACCCAAAACGGGUGUCAGUGAGCCGGCGGACGUUUGGCCCAGGGAAUGUUGUUGUUCAUGCUUGGUUUGGGGCCACACCACAGCAGACAAAAUGUAUCUGGUCUAUGGCCGUAGCACAACACCAAUUCUAUCUCGACCGCAAACAUAGCAAGGUUAACCUUCCUUGUGUGCGGAGUGUUAAUGAAAUAGCUGCCGAGUUGUCCCGGAGUACAACAUCCCUCGGCUCCCUAGGAUCAGACGGAAUCAGUCGUAGUGGCAGCUCAGCUAGUCUACCUAGUCUGUCAACCUCCAGAUUUGACUUGAACAUCCCAGAGCACGUAGACGCGCUGAAGGCCCAGAGGGAGAUGUACCAGGCUUUGAAAGCCCGCCGCGAGGCCCUUGAGGAAUCCCUCCGUAAGCGUACUGAGGAACUGAAGCUUCUCUGCAUCAAAGAAGGGGAGUUGACUGGUAAGCUCCCAAAGGACACCCCACUGGCCCCUGGUGAGCAGCCCCCUCAGAUCCGACGACGUGUUGGAACAGCAUUCACCUUGGCCACUAAGAAUGAUGAUGACCAGGUUUCCAGUAUUGAGUUGGAGUAUGAGCUACAGAAACAGAUUACCAGUGCCGCCCACAAGCUUUCCCAGGACAAGAAUGUCAGCAAGUAUGUCCGGAAACAGCGCCGACAGUCCUUCCAUCGUGCCCAGACCAAGCUCAAGGAGAUGGAGAAGAAGCUACAGGAGAGCCAGCGUGAGGCCGGUCUGUCUGAGUUGACCCCCUCCACACCAUCGUAUGAUGAUUUAGAAAGUCCAACAAAGUCGCCUGAACAGCUACGUCGCCAGCAGGAAUAUGAUCGAGAGGGAGAUUUGGACUUCCCUCCUAUGAUGCAGAGAUCAGCCACAGCUAGAGAACUGUCCCCAACACAAAGCUCACCAGCACAACUCAGCCCCACUCUCAGCAGCCCCCAGCUGUGUGGUGAGGGCCGCAGCCAAUACAACAGAAAAGUAUAUUCUCCAGUUCUGGCCAACCGCUCACAGUCCUCAGGUAGUAACAUGUCUAACCAGUCGGAGUACGAGAAUGUGCGUGGCUACAACCGGUACGACAGUCAGGACAGUGGGUUCAGUUCAGCAAAUAACAUGUACAACCUCAUGACACAACGUACGUCACACUAUGAUAGUACAGACGAGAUCAAAACUCCCACUAACAAGGAGCCUCACCCUGAUACCGACAGUGUGUUUAGUAAUGACAGACUUGGUCAGUCCAAACACGGGAGUUUGGAUGGUAGUUACAGGAAAUCAUUAACUUCUCAACAAAGUUAUGGAAGCUUAGAACGAAAUUCUAAAAAACGGGAUCAGCAUCCUAGUAAUCGAGCACGGGAUCGACAACACAGUGAUAGUGACACUCAUAUUCCUGUUGUAGAUCUAGAACCUUCCAAGUAUGGGAGUAAACGUUCCUCACAAUCCGAAUAUGACUUGACCACACCACGAAACAGUGUAGUUGAGGUGCCGGUGUCUCAUGAGGAAUAUCACUCCCAGCAGUCGGAACAUCAUGACUGGCAAGACACAGCACAAACAGAGCCGUCUCCAAUUGUGCAAAGUCCUCAACACAUGCGACAGGAGAGUAAAGAUAGUGUUUAUUCAGGACAGUGUUAUAGUCCUCGUAUAUACGAGGGUUCAUUCCAAAGUCAUAGUGACGUACAGUCAGCCGACCAGGCAGGCACUGCGUCAACCAAGAGAACAGAAUCUCACCAACACAAGAAACAUCCAAGUGCUUUAGUGACAGUGACCAAAUUACAGCCCCACCAAAGUGUGGAGUUGGUGUCAAAACCAUUUGAAAUGGCGGACUUCUAUAAAUAUAGUGAAAAGAUCCGACGACAACGGAUGAUAGAGCAGUACCAGCAGCAGCUGAUGGGGGGAUCACGGUGCUCCACCCCCUCCCAGCACUCGUCGGAUUCAGGGGAAACAUCCCACUCUGGCUCUACCUCAUACCGCCACCCUCAUUUUGUACAGGGCUCGUCAGGACAGGGCUCCCCAUCUCCGAGUCCCUUCAGGGCAGGCCCCCCUACAAACUUUGCCACAGCUAGUCGGCAGAUGUCUCCCUACCUUGCCCACAAGCGAGAGGGAUAUGACCAGUCAUCACCAUUUCCUAGUCAUGCUUCACCAAAGCUAGUUAAAGAACACAGUACUCAUGUGCAAUAUACAGUGCAGACAGCGACUGGAGGACGUAUUUAUAAGUCUGUACAGACGACCACACAUACACAGUACAAACCUUUAACACCUCAAAAGUGUGACCCAGUGAGAAACCAGACGGCCACACCUGUGACCUCAGCACCAUCCACUCACACACCCAGUGCAAGACAUAGACAAGUGAAAGACAAACGGGUCCAGAAGAGUCAAAGAAACACCAGUGAUUGUAGAGACCAUCGGCGAAGCCAUGGUGAACAACCUGUCUCCUGUCUGGACACAACAUUUUCUGCUCUAGAGCCCAUGGACAAUGUAGCCGAUGAUUUCAGUGAAGAAAUGAUGGCCUGGUAUGAUGAUAGCAGUAACGUGGGAAAGAAACCAUCAUAUGUGUGAUAAUGUGGGAUGUAGUUGAGUGCUAUACAGACAGAUGGCAGUUCCCCCAAAU